ACGGACGGCGCGGAGCUCUGGAGCGCCCGCAUCUCUCCGGACGGCGAGGCCGCUCGCAAAGACUGCUGCGGCCUGGGUGUGGACGAGGACCUCACGGAGCGGUUCAGGACUGCCUGCCAGGAGCAAGCCGUCGUCCUGAGCCUGCGGGAGGACAGUGCGUCCCUGACCCUCUCCGGGCCUCCCUCGACGCUGACCUUUGACCUCUCCAAGGUGCCGGGCCCCGAGGCAGCCCCCAGGCUGCAGGCACUGAUCCUGGGCCUGGCAGAGCACGUGUGCAGCCUGGAGCAACGGCUGGCAGCUGUGGAGGAGACAGCUGCCAGUCCCAGGAAGAGCCCCCGGCAGGCAGGGCCCCCGCUUUUCUUACCAGACCCUGAUCCCCAGAGAGGUGGCCCUGGAGCCGGGGCCAGGAGACGGGCUCCGGGGGAGUCCCUCAUCAACCCUGGCUUCAAAAGCAAGAAGCCGGCUGGUGGCGUGCACUUUGACGAGCCCUGAGGACAGCAGGACACCUGGGCUUUUGGGGAGUCUUCCUCUGAGGGGUCGCUGCCCCCACAGCCCCACCCUACUGUGCCUCUGGCCCCUUGACCUUUCUAUACAUCCAAUAAACAGCUGUCUGGUGGAGGCUCCGGCUGGUU